AUGGCAGAUUUUGUCGAGAUUCUUCAUAAGGACCCAUUGGAAAUAAUUUCAAAGAAACAUGCCACUUCACAAGAUGCCCUGAAGCUCGUGAAGUCGUACAUCGAUUGUUUGAUUAUUUCGAAGGAGACAGGCAGUAAAGCAAACACUAUCCUUGAUGAAAUCGUUAUCGAAGGGCUUGACGCUAACCAGGUUUGGGGCCAAGCAAGAAUGGUAUUAGAAAAGUCGGAGACCGAAAUUUUGGAAUCAAUAGCCAAUUUAAAAUCUGAGGUUGCACAUUUUUCUGUCAACGGAUCUGGACACACUAGUGAUGAGGACUCCCAUGCGUCUGUAAGCUCUGAAAACGACAGCGAUUUCUCGGAACCGGAGCAAGAGGAGUCUGAUAAUUCUGAUAGUGAGACAAAUUUGCUACAAGAGGAUCUUGAGCCAGAAAAUGUUUCUGAACAAAACGUCGAGGCAGAAAAUGAAGUUAAUGAAGAAAAACUAGAUACCGAUUCACCCUCCACAGGAACGGCUAAUGUACCUGAGGUGCCAGAAGACAAAUUUGGUUUAAACGAUCGGUUUUUCAACCUCGAAAAAUUCAAUGAGCAAACACUAAUGCAGGAAAAUGCAAAUGACGUUGAUGACAACGACAGUGAAGAAAUCGAUUACUUUGCAGAUAUACCUUCAGAUGAAGAUGAAGAUGCACUCUACUACGAGGAUUUUUUUGACCCACCCUCUAUUGACGGCAAUGAAAAAAUUUCCACACAGGCAAUUGAGCAGUCCGAAAGAAACACGCAUAAUUUUGAUGAUGAAGGUAUCUUUGAUGAGGCGAUGACCUCUGCGAAAUUAGAUCUCUUUGCCGAUGCUGCAUCUGAGUCUGACGGCGAAAAUGAGAACAACGACGUUACUGAAAAGUUGUCAUCAUUUCAACUUCAGCAGGCAGAAAUCCAGAGGCAAAUUGUUGAACUGGAGAAAGAAGCGGUUGCGGAGAAGAAAUGGGCAUUAAAAGGUGAAGUAAAAGCUCGCGAUCGGCCAGAUGAUGCUUUAUUGACCGAGAAUCUGGAAUUCGAAAGAACAUCAAAGCCAGUUCCAGUUAUAACUGCUGAAGUAACAGAAACUUUAGAGGAAAUGAUAAGAAAGAGAAUUAAGGAAUUAAAUUUCGACGACUUGCCAAAACGGAUGUUAUCAAACAAGCUUUCAACUCCGAAACCACGACUUGAAAUCAGUGAUGUUAAGUCCUCAAAAUCACUGACUGAGCUUUAUGAAAAUGACUACAAUGGCACGUCCGAUGAAACAGCUGCAUCUGAGGAACUUAAGAGAGCUCACGAAGAAAUAUCGAGCCUUUAUGGAAAUCUCGUUUACAAGCUUGAUGCUCUCUCUUCCGCUCAUUUUAUUCCCAAACCUUCUGAAAAAUCACUUGAUAUCAAAGUACAAGGAGCGACGAUUAAUAUGGAAGAUGCCCAGCCUCUCAACAUGUCAAAUGCAUCUACAUUAGCUCCUCAGGAGGUAUACACAGUAGGAAAGUCGAAGAGCUCUAAUGAAAUCGCUUUGAAGAGUGGCAUGGUACUGGCUAAGGACGAGUUAACUAGAGACAAUAAAAAGAGACUACGCAGGGCAAUGAAGCGAAAGAAGGCUAAGGAAAACGAGAAUAAGGCACAAUUCAAAAAGAGCCGAAAGAACGAUGUGAUCGAAACGUUAUCGAAUGCCAAGAACGUGACGCUGAUUGAUAAGAAAGGUGAAAAGCGUGAUGUCAAGGGUAAUAUUAGAAGGAAUCAAGUGACCAACAGUACUGGUCUGAAGCUGUAG